AAGCAGCCUUCUCUUCGCUGUCGUCCCUUUAUCCCAGCAGCCGUCGCCAUGAAGGUCGAGCUGUGUAGUUUUAGCGGGUACAAGAUAUACCCCGGACACGGGAGGCGCUACGCCAGGACCGACGGAAAGGUUUUCCAAUUUCUUAAUGCAAAAUGCGAGUCGGCUUUCCUAUCCAAGAGGAAUCCUCGGCAGAUAAACUGGACUGUCCUCUACAGAAGAAAGCACAAAAAGGGCCAGUCAGAAGAAAUUCAAAAGAAGAGAACCCGGCGUGCAGUCAAAUUUCAGAGGGCCAUCACUGGUGCAUCCCUUGCUGAUAUCAUGGCCAAGAGGAAUCAGAAACCAGAAGUUAGAAAGGCUCAACGAGAGCAAGCUAUUAGGGCUGCCAAGGAAGCAAAAAAGGCUAAGCAGGCAUCUAAAAAGACGGCAAUGGCUGCUGCUAAGGCUCCCACAAAGGCAGCACCUAAGCAAAAGAUUGUGAAACCUGUGAAGGUUUCUGCUCCCCGAGUUGGUGGAAAACGCUAAAUUGGCAGAUGAGAUUUAAAAAUAAAGAUGUCUAUAACUUA